AUUUUGUACUGUCAUCCAUUACUCCAUUCUCAAUAUUCUCUUUGUUAACGUACAAAAAUCACCUCUUUUCCUUGUCCUUUUGAUCGGCGCCCGACUGCCGGAAACUGACGUCGUCCCGGCGAACUACGACUUUUGUUAACUUGUGUGUAUUGGGGCCGCCGGUUCUUGCUCAAUCACAGGAGGAAGCGGCGCAAAAUUCUUUUGGGGCCGUGGCCUGGUUGGGAGCAUGGCUCCCGGGCGGAAGCGCGGAGGGAAAGGGGCAAAAACGAAGAGCGAAUUGAGUUUGGGAGAUCUCGUUCUUGCCAAGGUCAAGGGAUUUCCUGCCUGGCCUGCCAAGAUUAGCAGACCUGAAGACUGGAAGCAUGCUCCGGACCCUAAAAAGUAUUUCGUGCAAUUUUUUGGUACAGAAGAGAUAGCUUUUGUCGCUCCUGUGGAUAUCCAAGCGUUCACAAAUGAUACCAAGAGUAAACUGUCUGCUCGAUGCAAGGGUAAGACAGUCAAAUAUUUCGCCCAAGCUGUGGAGGAAAUUUGUGAAGAAUUUGAAGAGUUACAGGGUAAAAGUUUAAGUGAUGCAAGGGAUGAUAGCAAUGCAGAUAAACUUGCAUCUGAGACACAUUCAGUGGAUACAGUGGCAGGUGACGCCUCAAAGGUUAGUUCUGAAAAUGGGAGGGAUAAUGAGGGACUGAACUGCAAAUUAGAGAGAAAAGGGCCGAGUGAUCUAGACUUUGGGUCAGAGCAUUGUUCAGAUAUACUUUGUGAAAUGGAUAGUCAAAAUGUCAACCCUUGCUCGUUAAACGAUACGAGCCAUAGUUUGUCUCCACAUCCAUCUUUGGGUGAGAGGAAUAAGUCAAGUACAAAAUUUGCUAAUCCCGUGAAGGAGACAAAUGGUGACCAGAGUGCAUUGACGAAUGGCCACCAACCAAAGCUGGCAAUGGAUCAUGAUGGUGCAAAGCGCAAAAAUAGUGAUGUGGCUAUACCACGUGAACACAAUGAAGAUGGUGUACAAAUAAAACAGGCUUCAGGUGGAAAUAUUAAUCCUGCAGAUAAUUCAAGAUCAGAUUUAGGUACUGGCAGUAAAAGGACAGGAAAAAAGUUAUUGAAAGGGAAAAAGCAUCCAGCAGCGGUAGAUGAUGGUCGGGUAGAUGCUAAAGCCAUUACUGAGGGAAACAAUAAAGUAAUCUCAAGGAAAAAGAUGAAGUUCCAGCAUGAUCAGGAAAAGCAAACUUCUCGGACCAAUCAAGCAUCACUUCCUCCCAAAAUGGAUGACAUUGAGGGUAAAAGGUUAAAAUCAGGAGGGAAGGUUGAGUACAAAUCUUCAAGAGCACAGCUAAGUGCAAAUAAGUCCAACCAUUCUCCUGAUGAAGAUGAUCUCCCUCCACCAAAGCGCCAACGACUAGCACUUGGAGUGAUGUCCACUUCUACUUCAAACUCUGAAAAUAGACAGGGAAACUCUACAUCACACAAAAAUAGCUUGGUGCAUCCGAACAAGGUUCAAUCUCCAACCAUACAGCUUCCAGCAAAGAGGAGAGCUGUCCGCCUAUGUGAUGAGGAUGAGGAUGAUGAAUUACCUAAAACUCCAAUUCAUGUAGGAUCUACCCAUAAGGUUUCUGUUACUCCCCGAGUUUCAGAUUCCAAAAAUAAGAAUGCUAAGAGUGGGGAGACACAUGGAAACGGUCAUAUGGCCGUGAGGAACACAGGAACACUCAUGGAUGAGUUCAAAGAUCAGGUACAAUCUUCUCAAGUAUCCAAUAAAGCUUUAUCACCAACUGGUCAGCAAGGGAUGGAAAAGAGCACUCAGGAAAUAUCAGCUAAACAUUUAUCUCCCGUUUUUCCCCAGCUAGUCACUGAAAGCAUCCCCUCAAUGGAGGCUAAGCCAGUUUCAGGUUCUCCCAGGAGGUCCCCUCGAUCUGUUACUGCUUCCAGACCACUAGCUGAUUUACGGAAAAAACAGUUGACCAAGGCACCUGCUAGUGUGAACCAGAAUAAAGUUCCACUGGGAACUAACAGUAGCCUUGCUACAGCAACUGAAAGAAGUAAACCGGCUUCUUCUGUUGAGAUAAAGAAAACCACCUCAAGGCCCGACUCCCAAAUCAAUGGUUCUAUCCAUAAAGUUGGAAACCAAGACAAAAGUGUUACCUCACACGGUGAAAGGUUGGAUGGUGGUAAAGUCACCAUGUUAAAUUUGCCGGUUGAUUUGUCGAUUUCAGACUCUGCCAUGUCAAUGAAAAAUCUAAUUGCCGCUGCUCAGGCGAGAAAGAGAAGAGCAAACUUGCAUAACCCUAAUGGAAAUCCUUUGCAUCUAUUGAUUCAUGACGCCGACAUGCUUGGCCUUAACCCAACUGCUACCUCUGCUGCAUUAGCUGUUGAUACUAGAAACAUACUUCAAAUCGAUGUGCAAGACCAUACUACUUCGCCUUCCUUUGAUGUUCGCCAGUUGCCAUCUACUAGUGGACAUGAAAAUGAAGACCUGGAGGAAAGCAGGGUGAAUUCAGGCCAUCAGGCAUCGGGGAGUUCUUUAAGUGGGGGUACUGAGGCAGCUGUUGUUCGAGAUGCUUUUGAAGGGAUGAUUGAGACGCUAUCUAGGACCAAAGAGAGCAUUGGUCGUGCAACUCGUCUUGCAAUUGAUUGUGCAAAGUAUGGGAUUGCCAAUGAGGUUUUAGAACUUCUCAUCCUGAAGUUGGCAAAUGAGCCAAGUUUUCAUCGCAAAGUGGACCUCCUUUUUCUGGUUGACUCUAUAACCCAGUGCUCUCAUAGUCAGAAAGGAAUUGCUGGGGCAUCUUAUAUUCCUGUUGUUCAAGCGGCAUUGCCCCGUCUCAUAGUAGCUGCUGCUCCACCUGGAGCAGGUGCUCAGGAAAACCGCCGUCAAUGUCAUAAGGUCUUGCGGUUAUGGCUUGAGAGGAAAAUUUUUCCAGAAUCUGUCCUUCGCCGUUACAUGAAUGAGCUAGGAACAGAUAAUGAUGGUGGAGCUGCAGGAUUUUCUCAGAGACGCCCUUCCCGAGCUGAGCGGUCCAUCGACGAUCCUAUAAGAGAAAUGGAAGGCAUGUUUUUGGAUGAGUAUGGGAGCAACACCACGUUUCAGUUGCCUGGGUUUCUAUCAUCUCAUUUGUUUGAAGAAGAUGAUGAUGAAGAUGAUUUUCCGUCGAUGUUAUACAAGGAAGGUGUAGAUACUCCACCAUCUGAGCAUAACCUUGCAAGUAAGGAUCCUGAACACUGCACUGUUACUCCAAGUGACCGGCGCCACUGCAUAUUAGAGGAUGUUGAUGGUGAGCUUGAAAUGGAAGACGUUUCUGGUCACAACAAGGAUGAUAGAAUAUUAAUUGUCAAUUGCACCUCUAUCAUUGCUUCACCUGAGCCGAAUUCUGAUAUAAAGAUUAGAUCUGCUUCUGAAAUGUCUGAGUUGCUGCCUUCUCCUGAGGGUUCUCCACCAUUACCACCUGGCUCUCCUCCCAUGACUCCUCCUCUUCCUGCUUCACCACCUCCAUUAUCCCCAUCCCCAUCACCUCCACCCCCACCUCCACCCUUAUCAUCGUCAUCUGCACCAUUACCCCCACCUCCACCACCACCUUCCUCACGGCAACUAAUUCCUCCACCACCUAUUGGUCCUCCUCCAUAUGUUCAGUCAUUGCCACCUCAACCUGCAUUGAUGUCCCAAUAUGUGUCUCCAGUUCAGUCAACUUCUCAGCCUUUAGUUUUUCACCCUCCUCCAUUACAUCAUGAGAUUGGUGGCACACCCAGUGGAAAUCCGCCUGUCCAUAUGGUUUCCAGUACUCAAGGGUCCCAUACUGAAGCACCUAGAGGUGAAAUAUAUUCACAGCAGUCCUCUUUCUUCUCUCCAGCUGCAGGCUGCAAUGCACGAGAGCAUGUUGGAUACAAUUCAUCAAGGUCUGUUGAAUAUGGACAGAAUGAUCCAUGUAUUAAUCACCAAGCUUCACAACAGAGACAACAUUUGCCACCUGGUACUGCAACAUUUUCCCAAAGACCGUUGCAUCCUGAUGCCCGACCUCCACAAAUAUCUGCCCAUUUCUCAUAUUCAAAUACAGUCAUCCAGCACCAACAUCCCCCUUAUCCAUUGCAAGUAUAUGCUGAUGUUCCUAUGAGGUUUUCUACUGAUGAACAAUGGCGGAUGCCAGUAAAUGAUUUCAAAGCGGAUCUUCCUUGUGGGGGCUGGAGUGCUGGAGCCCAACCAUUUUCUGGUCAACCUUAUUCGCAUGAAGCAGGUUACUUUGGACCCCCUUCAGAAAGGGCUCCUGCAAGUGCCAUUAAUUUCCGGCCUGGUGGAACAAAUAGUCUACCGCCAGCACCUCCAAUUCUAGUUCAUGGUGUUCCAAUGAUGCCUUGUAGGCCGGACAUGUUAGCUGUCAAUUGGAGGCCAGUAUAAGGCUGACUUCUUGGAUAUGUGGCUGCCGAGCGUGAGGAAUUGUCCCAAAUAAUCCACCUAGAUCAAGUUCUAGAUCACAAUGUGGAAUUUUGAGCAGCUAUGGAGAGCCUUGGCAGGAUUGUUUAUAUUAGAUUUUUUCCUGACAAAUGCAUCCCCGUACACAUACUCCUAAAGUGUAAGCCAUUUUUCUUAUUUUAAUUGACGCUUGUAAUUAUUUAUCUUAUUAUCCAAAUUUAAUGGAGGCUACAGUUUCAUCUA